AUGGGUGCGUUGUGCUUCAUCAGUUGGGCCGUCCGAGAGCGCCCACCACCAGUUCCGACGAAGCUCUUCCUUGAAUUGCCAGAAGAUGUCAAUGAAGAGGUACGUCGCUGCUUUGAGUCACUGGGUGUUGAGAUGUGCGUACGGCCAGAUGUGCCGACAUCAGUGGCAGCAUCGCCACCUGCGGAGCCCCGGGGCAAGGAGGUCAACUGGCGGGCUGCCGCCCGCUCGGAUAUAAGAGUCGUCUGCCCGUAUGCUCAAGAGCUCUUCGAGUCGAAACGUCAGCGGCGAGGAAACGUCAGCGGCAGCAGCAGUAACGAAACGUGGUGA